GACUACAGCCAUUGAUCAGUAGUGGUUAACUUGGCAAGCUAUGGGGGCGUAGGGACAUUUUGAGAUUAUAAUGGUAGUGUGUAAUGCCACCUACUCUUCAACAAAAUAUUAAUAUAACUCUGGAAGUUCCAUUAUGCAUCUGGACAGUAUUUAUAUGGGGAGAUGUAACUCUUACGGACUCAGACUAAAGAGGAACCAAGACAACAACAGGGCAAAAGCCAGACCUUCGACAUAUCUUAAACCAUCAUGAAGACUACCUGCUUGGCUCUUGGGUUAUUGCUGCUGACAGUGUUCCACUCCUAUGCUACCCCUCUUGGACUGCAGACAUCACCAAAAAGCUGCUGUUUCCACUUCCUCAAAGUGAGUGUCCCCCACAAAAAGAUUGUCUCAAUCCAGAAGACUCACAGUGGCUGCCCCCUACCAGCAUUUGUGGUCAAAACUGUCAAGGGGAAAUUGAUUUGCUUCCAGUCGAGUGAGCGGUGGGUACAGAAAGCCUUCAACCGGCUCAAAUAGCCAGCAGCUGUGGCCACAUGUAGAGGCAUUGAGAGUUCCAGUCAUCCUUGACAACCUCCUCAUCAUGACUCAAGCCUCACCAGCUCCAUGAAGACUACUCUAUCCUCGACAUACAAGUAGAGACAGAGUUGUAAUGUAGCUCACUGGAUGGCACCAAACGGUUGGUUAUCAUCUUACCCCAUGUUUUACUGCAUAAGGUGAAUGCACCAAUUUGUAAGUCGCUCUGGAUAAGAGCGUCUGCUAAAUGACUUAAAUGUAAUGUAAAUGUAUAUGUUCACUUUACUAUAAAAACUUUUAGAACUAUUUCCUAUAACACUUAACAGUAAGAAAGUGACAUGUUUAUCACUUUGAAAUGCAGCAAUAACUAUUUUGCAAUAUAUGGAAUUCAUAUGAGUUAAGAUGCACAUGCACGUUAUUGUGUUUUAAUGUACUGUAUGUGAGAAUCCACUGCUUUAAUAAAAGGAGAGGAAACAUUUCA